UCCCUCUUCCAACGUUAACCAAGACAGACAGACAGACAGACAAAGAAAGAGAGAAAGAAAACGAGCAAAAACCAUGGCUUCCGCUUCCGCUUCUCCUGCGAAUCCAAUUCUCUCUUCUCCUAAUUCUCCCUUAACAACUUCUCCUUCUUCUUCCACCAAAUUCUCUCACCUCUCCUUCUGCAGCUCCAACCCCCCUUUCCCAACCCUCUCCCACCACCACACCCAUCUCCGAUGCCCACCCCAUCAACCUCUCCGAAUUGCCGCCGCCGCCGUCAACGCCAUCGAAUCCCCUGCCAAAUCCGUUUCCACCGGGCGAAACCCAGAUCGCGUUUCCGAAACUACCAGGCCCACGAUCCUGGUUUCCGAGAAGCUCGGAAACGCCGGCGUCGACCUCCUCCGGAGCUUCGGCGACGUCCAGUGCCAGUACGACCUCUCGCCGGAGCAGCUCUGCUCUGAGAUCUCCAAAUUCGAUGCCCUGAUCGUCAGGAGCGGCACCAAAGUGACUCGGCGGGUGUUCGAGGCCGCCGGCGGCCGGCUCAAGGUGGUGGGGAGGGCCGGCGUCGGCAUCGACAAUGUGGAUCUCCAGGCCGCCACCGAGUUCGGCUGCCUCGUCGUGAACGCGCCCACCGCAAACACCAUUGCGGCGGCGGAGCACGCCAUCGCUUUGCUCGCUUCCAUGGCUCGAAACGUCGCCCAGGCCGAUGCUUCCACCAAGUCGGGGAAAUGGCAGCGCAACAAGUAUGUCGGAGUAUCUCUUGUCGGCAAGACACUGGCAGUCAUGGGAUUCGGGAAGGUCGGAUCCGAAGUUGCCCGGCGCGCCAAAGGCCUCGGCAUGAACGUGAUCUCUCACGACCCCUACGCUCCGGCAGACAGAGCCCGCGCCGUCGGCGUCGAACUUGUCUCCUUCGACGAGGCCAUUGCCACCGCCGAUUUCGUCUCGCUCCACAUGCCGCUCACUCCGGCCACCAACAAGAUAUUCAACGACGACACCUUCGCCAGGAUGAAGAAGGGCGUCCGCAUCGUCAACGUCGCCCGCGGCGGCGUCAUCGACGAAGAUGCACUGGUCAGGGCCCUCGAAGGCGGUGUAGUCGCACAGGCGGCGCUAGAUGUGUUCACGGAGGAGCCGCCGGCGAAAGACUGCAAACUGUUGCAGAUUGAGAACGUCACGCUAACGCCUCAUCUUGGAGCUAGCACAAAAGAAGCACAGGAAGGGGUAGCUGUUGAAAUAGCAGAGGCAGUGGUUGGAGCCCUAAGAGGGGAGCUUUCUGCAACUGCUGUGAAUGCUCCCAUGGUCCCCCCUGAGGUGAUCACAGAGUUGGCUCCUUAUGUUCUGCUUGCCGAGAAGCUGGGCAGGCUAGCCGUCCAGCUGGUGGCCGGGGGGAAAGGAAUAAAGUCCGUCAAGGUGGUCUAUUCGUCGGCUCGUGACCCGGAUGACCUAGACACCAGGCUUCUCCGGGCCAUGAUCACCAAAGGUAUCAUCGAGCCUAUAUCCAACUCCUUUGUCAACCUGGUGAAUGCAGAUUUCACAGCCAAGCAGAAAGGCCUCCGGAUCAGCGAGGAGCGGGUGGUUGUCGACUCCUCCCCCGAGUGCCCUGUCGACAAGAUUCAAGUCCAGAUUAGUAACGUGGAUUCAAAGUUUGCGAGUGCCUUAUCCGAGAAUGGAGAUAUUACAAUCGAGGGGAGAGUGAAAUACGGCAUACCUCAUCUGACAAGUGUAGGAUCCUUCAACGUCGAUGUGAGCCUGGAAGGGAACCUCAUCCUGUGCCGGCAGGUGGACCAGCCCGGCAUGAUCGGACAGGUCGGAAACAUUCUUGCGGAGAAUAACUGCAAUGUGAGCUUCAUGAGCGUGGGGAGGACUGUUAAGAGGACCAAGGCCAUCAUGGCAAUUGGUGUGGAUGAGGAGCCGGACAAAGAAAGCCUCAGGAAGAUAGGGGAAGUGGCUGCAAUUGAAGAGUUUGUGUUCCUCAAACUUUAGAUGCAGCACGACUGUGGCGGAGAAGAAUGGGCCGACGACCUUACCAUACUCUUUUUAGGACAAUAAUUAACUUAGAAUGUUGUUUUGUAGUGUGUUCAUGGUGAAUAAAGCUACUGCCACACAAAGUGGCCAGUUCUGCCUCCCUGCUCUUUGAUUGCCCCAACCUGAUGCUCCAAUGCAAGGCAAGAUAAGGGUGGUUUUCUUUUGUCUUUGUUAUAUUCUUUCUUCUCAUUGCCGCCACCAGCUGUAAACAUGGUUGCACCAGCGGUGUGUAUGGCUUGUAGAACUAGAGUCUCUCAAGUUCAUGAAUGAUCUCCUUUAUUGGGUCUUUUAACUC